CGAUGAGCAGCGGAACAAGAAAUAUGACACUGUAUGAUCGCGUUAUGAGUUACGAUAUUGAUUCUACUUAUACUCACACCACUUCCAUUUCAGCAUUUGUACUGUUUUAUAUGAUUGAUUAUGCUCUUAAAAACUGUCAGUCAAAUGAUGAAAUUGUUAGAGACACUCCCUCUUUUAUCAAACUUCGGAAUUAUUCAAUUUCUAUGAUCCAUGCUGUAAUAUCUGGACUGAGUUCACUUAUUUGUCUUCUUUCUUAUCCUGAUUUAGUGAACAAUAUUAUAGAGUCGGAAAAUAUAUUCGCUUACCACAUUAUAGGUUUCGCAACAGGUUAUUUUGUUCAUGAUAUUUACCAUAUUAUAUGUGGUGGUGUUAAACUUAAAUCCUUGGAGAUACUAUUGCAUCAUAUAAUCGUUUUGACCUGCUUUUGCGUUGUAACUUGGUGUAGAGUUCUUGUUUGUUAUGCAUUGUUUGGUCUUUUAAUGGAGCUGAACAGUAUAUUUUUGCACGCAAGGAAGGUAAUGAUGUUGCUAGAUAUUGAUCCGAAAUCGCUGACCUAUCGAGUUAAUGCUAUUGCAAAUAUCAGUAAGUCAUCACGUUCAUUUUCGUAGUUCUUAUUGUAAUCUGUUGGUUGUUGCUGCAAAUAGUUUUCAUUUAGACUACCAAAAUAAGAUCCUGGAGUUUCCAGUGUCAUAUAAUUUUUGGGUGUGCGGAGAGUUCAAAUGAGUGUCGUAACAUAUGAAAUUUAAAGAGAUUAUAAGGUAUAUGCCGUUUUUAGUACGUUUUCUGUAGAUUUAUUCACGUAUAGAUGACAAAAUGCUCUCAGUAUUGAUCUCCAGUGAGUAAAUUUAUCUUCUUCUUUAUAUGAGUUUGCUUUUCGAAUACACUACUGUCGAAUCAGGCUUUUCUCGUAUGACGUAUCAACUCAUCGUGUAGCCUCUCUUUUUGUCUAAAGUCCCAAAUAUCUGGAAGCAGUAACAAUGUUCUCUUAAAAUAUGUGACAGAAAAUCUAUAAUGAGUAACUGCUUUUACUCGCAGGAAACACUUUUAUAAUGCAUAUGUAGCAUCACAUCUAUGACAUUUUUACAAGAUAAUUUCAAUUUGUCUAUCAUCACAAUCUUUGAACACUGAUAGCAUUUCUGGGUUUUCUACUUUAAUGUACAUGUAGUUUUGUGAAUGAAGCGGAUUAAGGUGUGAUUUUGCUUGUUUUCAUUGUGAGAAGACAUGCUAGUCAUCCAUUAGAAGCAUCUUUCUGUUAUCCAUCCUUAGUUUUCUAGUAAAACUUGGCCUUCAGACUUUAGAUUUCCUACUAUUAUUUUUACCAUGAUCCAACUAAACUACCUACCAUGGUAUCACCUCAAACAGCGUAUUUCGAGCGGAUUAGACUGAACAAGUCUAGUGUUUAUCAUGUCAGUUCUAUUUCAAUUAAAGAUAAUAUGCAUCAGAAUCUGUAAAUUUAUUGCUUUCCUGAUACCAUUUACGUAGCACAUGCUAAAAAUGAUUCACAAACGAAAUAUAUAAAUUCAAGAUUUAGCAAAUUUUUCGCGAAAAAAAAUAAAAUACCGUUGAAGAACAUUCACAUACAAUACUGAAAACAUGUAUGAGGUUUAUGUAUAUUAUCUUAUCAAUUAAUCAUAUUUGGUCUAAAGUUUUUAAGCCGGUCUGCGACUACCAAAUUGAUAUAUGAAUAAUCAAAAUUACUUGGACUUAAAAAACAACAUAUGAUCAAUAAACCAAGUAACGGAGUAAAAUAACUCAACUGACUUUGACUUCAAUAAGCUCGCUUCAAGAAAAAUAAAGAACACCUCUUACCACAGUUGUGAUCAUUGUGAAGAAUGUUUACUUUUUUCCAAGGACUGAAAGCCUCUUAAAAUCGCCUGCUUCUAUGAAAUAUUUUACUUCAUUUCAAUCACCAUUGCAGAUAGAGUACCUAUACACACUGUAAGAAUUUCCCCAUGAAUAGAUACUAAAUUAUUUUUUUCGUUUAGUCUUGUUUCAUUGAACUCACUUUAACAAGUUUCAUUUAAUUCAUUAUCAUAACGAAACAAAAAUUAACGAUGUAUGAUUCCUUUAACGUUUUAAGUUUAACCUUUAUCAAGUGAUUUAAAUUCAUUGUUUCACGAAUAUUGUAUUUUUUUACUUAAAUAAAUAUCCCAUUUUAUAAUACUUUUCUAAAAUUUCCACCUAAUGGCUUUUCACUGUUGGAAAGAUAAAAGCUUAGUUUGGUAAAUGGAUAGGUUUAGAGUAAACCAUUCUUAUUCAUUUUUGCGAAUUUAGCUUAUACAAAUCUAAUAAAACAGUUCAUUGGUAAAGCAGUGAGGACGAUAGGUAACAGCAGUAAAACUAGCAGUGUCAUCCGGAAUGCUACAAUGUACUGGUUUUUUUACUUUUAAUUUUAUUGUCUUGACUAUCGUCACCAUCGUGUUUUAACUUGUGCGAUUGUGGUUAAACAUUUUCUCUUGAAAAGUAUCAUGAACAAACCUUUGGCAAUUUCAUUCUUAAUGGUCAUAAAUAUGCCAAUGAAACGA